GAGACGAAGGAAAGAUGGAUUGUAGCACUGUCAAAUAAUUAGUUUAUUAGUUUAUAUUGCAACUGAUUUGGUUUAAUUUGUGAUAAGCAGUGAUCUAAUUAAAUUAUAAUGGACUACUUAUUAAAUGUAAACUGGAACAAAAUAACUCCUUGCCUUGUAUUAUUAGUGCUAGAAGUAGUUUUAGAUUUUUCAGAAUGCGCUUCGCAAGCUGAGGUCAAUAAGCACCUGGAGCUGGGGAGAGAUUUCUUGGCUCGUGGUCAGCUCUCAGACGCUCUGACACAUUAUCAUGCGGCUGUCGAGGGCGACCCAAACAACUACCUCACAUAUUUUAAAAGAGGCACAGUUUAUUAUGCAUUGGGUAAAGCUAAAUUUGCUCUUCAAGACUUUACUAAGGUUUUGGAGCUGAAGCCAGAUUUUACGUCGGCUCGGUUACACAGAGCCAAUGUAUAUGUUAAGUUAGCAAAGUAUUAUGAUGCUAAGGAGGAUUAUUUACAAGUUACAUAUAGUGAGCCAUACAAUGAAGAAGCGGUGAACCAGUACCAUGCCAUGGAUGGGCUGGCGGAGGACUUGCGGCUGGCGGAGGCGUACUACCGCGGCGGGGACAUGCGUGCGACCGCCGACCUCGCCACCAGGCUGCUGGAGCUCUCCCCCUGGGCCGCUCAACUCAGGCAGCUCCGGGCAGAGUGCUAUAUCGCAAUGAACGACUUGUUUUCAGCAGUGUCGGACAUCAGGUCAGUGAACCGCUUGCAGCAGGACAGUACUGACGGGUACUAUCGCCUCGCCACGCUGCUCUACCAGCUGGGACAUGUCAGCGAUGCACUCAAGGAGGUCCGCGAGUGUCUGAAGCUGGAUCCGGAGCACAAGAAGUGCUUCCCGUUCUACAAGAAGGUGCGGCAAGUGGACAAGCUGGUAUCGGGGUGCGAGGAGGCGAGCGAGGCGCGCCAGUACUCGCGCUGCAUCGACAACGCCAACAAGUUGCUCAACAUUGAACAGGAGGUUACACUUGUCGUCUUCGAGGCCAACCGGUGGCUCUGCCACUGCUACUCCAAGGACGAGCAGUACACGGAGGCAGUGGCUGCAUGCGGGGCCGCGCUGGCGCUGCAGAAGGAGGCGCGGGUGUUGUGCGACCGCGCUGAUGCACUGCUCGGUCUUGAGAUGUACGAUGAUGCGAUCCAGUCAUACAAGCAGGCGUUGGAGCUGGAGGAGGGUCUGCAGCGUGCCAAGGAUGGCCUCAGCCGUGCACAGAAGCUGCAGAAGCAGUCAGAACAGCGAGAUUACUACAAGAUAUUGGGUGUUAAGAGAUCAGCGAGUAAACAAGAGAUAAUAAAGGCGUAUCGCAAAGCUGCACAGAAAUGGCAUCCAGACAACUACCACGGUGAUGAUAAGAAGAUUGCUGAGAAGAAAUUCAUUGAUGUCGCAGCAGCCAAAGAGGUGUUGACGGACCCUGAGAAGCGAGCGCAGUUUGAUGCGGGCUCAGAUCCGCUGGAUCCUGAAUCCCAGAGACAACAGAACUUCCAGCACGGCAGUCCCUUCCACCACUUCCAGCACGGCAGCCCCUUCCAAUUCAAGUUCCACUUCAACUGAUCACCUUCCAUGUAGAGUUCCAUUUAGACUGAGUCGUUAAUAACAAAUUAUUUGAGAUUCAUUUCAAAUGAGUUCCAUUCGAGUUCAAGUUUCAUUUCAAAUGAGUUCAUUAUAGUUCAAAUUUAAUUUACAGUUCAACUUAAUACAAUUUUUAAACAGUUAUUAAUGUAGCAAUAACUUAUAUGAUGGAUAUAAAUCUAUGGAUCCUAUGUAUUAAGGGCAGAGUAACAAAUUUAUUAUUUUUUACUUUUUU